AUGCGUGCCGCCUUCGCCCCGCUGCUACUGGCACCGCUGGCAGCCCUCGCCGCACCCGAUCUUGUUGCCGACUUCGAGCCCGCCGUCGAGGGACUACAGAACAAAGUAUACGACUCGAUGCCCACGGCCCCGGCAAAUGUACAACCCGAGCUCCUCAAAAGACAGGGCAACGCAUGCGCAAACAACUACUUCGACUGCGCUCGCCUAGGCGCUCCGGGCCUCUGCUGCCCUCGAACGGCAGUCUGCUCCGCCGACCAGGCCGGUCACGUAGCAUGCUGUCCUCAGGGCGUUGCAUGUACCGGAGCUCUCGCCGUCCCAACAGCCAACCCCACCGCAACUACGUCAGUGCCAUUUGUGAUCGCCAGCACAACCACGGGCGGGCCCUUCGUGCAGCAGACGAACGGCGCAAACCACGGAAGCACGGUACAGAACCAAUUCUACCCUUUCCCGUACAUACCGACGACUUAUCAAAACGCAGCUGCCUGCUCGUCCGCUUAUACAAGCUGCCAAAGCGAUGCUGCAAGCUGUACAAAUGCUCUUGCCAAUGGCGCCCCGGGCGUAACCGUUUCCGCUCCCAAUGGCGGCGCUACCAUUACUGCGAUUCCAAGCGUCGGUCUUUCGUCUGCACAGAGCAUUUGCUCAAGCUUGAGUAGCUUGGGCUGCUCCCAGUUGACUGUCGAGGCUUGUCGCGCGUUUGACGGUAAUGGAAACGCUGCGUGGAGGGCACCCUGCCGCGAUUACCUCAUGACUGCCGGAGUUGCCCUCGGCAUAGCAGGUCAGCUUCUCACAUAA